UUAAAACAGCUGAUCAACUUGUUUGUUGUGCUGAUGAAAUUACGUAUUUUGAAUAUUGUUUUCAAUUGUUAUCAAUAAAUAAUGCUGGACAACGUUAAAAACGUAAUCGUGGUGCUUUCGGGCAAAGGCGGCGUGGGCAAAUCUACAGUUAGCACACAAUUAUCAUUGGCAUUGCGUGCAACAGGUCAUAAGGUCGGUCUGUUGGACAUAGAUCUGUGUGGCCCAAGUGUACCAUAUUUGCUGGGUCUGGAGGGCAGCGAUAUUUACCAAUGCGACGAUGGUUGGGUGCCCAUUUAUACGGAUGACAGCAAAACUCUGGCCGUCAUGUCAAUUGGAUUUCUGCUCAAGAAUCGCAGUGAUCCGGUGAUUUGGCGUGGUCCCAAGAAAACCAUGAUGAUUCGACAGUUUCUAACGGACGUCAAAUGGGAGGAACUGGACUACCUAAUCAUUGAUACACCCCCCGGCACCUCCGAUGAGCACAUUACGGUUAUGGAAUGCAUGCGCGAGGUGCCCUGCAAUGGGGCGAUUAUUGUAACUACGCCUCAGGGUGUCGCUUUGGAUGACGUGCGCAAGGAGAUAACGUUCUGUAAGAAGACGGGCAUCAAGCUGCUGGGCAUUGUCGAGAACAUGAGUGGCUUUGUUUGUCCACAUUGCACGGAGUGCACCAAUAUAUUCUCGUCGAACGGCGGCGUGGAGUUGGCACAACUGGCUAAGGUGCCACAUCUGGGCACGCUGCCCAUCGAUCCGCGCGUUGGCGUCUUGGCAGGCAGCACGGCAUCGGUGCUGGAUGAAUUGCCGGACUCGAGUACGUCGAAAGUGUUGCGCGGCAUUGUGCAACAAUUGGAUGCACUGACGGCGCCUGCUUAAGCUUAACCAAAAACGAGGCGGGUCUGAGGCCGUUGUUGAGCGACCGUCGACGCUAACUACUAAGAGCUUUGGUAUUUCAUUUCAUUUUUGUUGUAUGUAUAUGUAAAUAAGUUUUUUUUGUAAUUAAAGUAGAAAUAAAAAACGCUUGAACAGGAAUGUGUAAUCAGUGCGGUGUAAUUUCCUUUUCAA